AUGAUUUCAGCCAAAUUGGCUGAUACCAACAUGAAAAUAGAAAUCGAGGUAACAGCAUUGAAGUUGCAUUAG